UCAGUGGUCAGGAUUGAACCAAGGAAAUCGCUUCCUGUGGUGAAUUUUAAGGAAUGGGAUGGUUUCGUUCGGAUUUGCUUUAACUGCAAAAAAUAAAACUCUUGGUUCAAUAUUUAGGCAAAAGAGUGUCCUUUCACUGCUAGAGAAGAACUAUAAAACCUUGCAAGCAUCAGAUUCUACAGAAAUGGCCACGUCUGUCACUGCUUUGGGAGACACUCUCGGUGACUUGAGCAUGGACACUGACGAAGAGAAAGAUGACGAGGAUAUGGAGAUGGAUGAUGGGGAUGCAAAAGCUUCUGAUUUUAAAGAAACAGUUUUAGGCUUGUUAAAGCAAGGGAAAGAUGACGAGGAUAUGGAGGAUGGAUGAUGGGGAUGCAAAAGCUUCUGAUAUUAAAACAAGGAGGUUUUGAAGAAAGAUCUUCCAAACUUACACAAGCAGAUUUCAUGCACUUACUCUCCUUGUUUAACAAGGCUGAUAUUCAUUUCUCUUUUUUUUCUUAGUUUGGAGACAAAUUUUAUCUAUUUUUGGUUUUUUCUCUCUCAUUUUUUUCUUGUUUUACACAUGCCCAUAUGAAUUCAAUUUUGUUUUCUUUGACUACUAAGAGAAAUUCGGUUGUGUUGUGUAACGUUCA